CUAUAAUCGCAUACAUCUGAAGAAGCGCUCAAGAUCGGAUAACUUUCACUAAUGGCAUUAAAACUUUCGUCGACCAUUCAUUUUAUGGUGAUGACUCUAGCAGUGUACAACGUACUUGCAGAAGAGUACGAAACAAACGAAGUCUCGACUCCUCCAAAAGUAAACUUAGACGGCAACCUAAGGAGAGCACUCCUUAAAGCAUUAACCGAACUAGAAAAUGACGAGCAAGCAAACUCCGGCAAUCAACUUGGCGAUAAUCCUAAAGACAAACUGAUUGAAAGAGCCUCUGCGUCUUCCGUAUCAAUAUAUGCCAAUAGUGAUUUGGUAUCUUCAUCUCCGCCACCCAUAGAAACAACUGCUAGUACGACCACGACAACCACUGAGAAGUCUUUGGUGUUUCUACAGAAGAGUGAGGGUAUCCAACACCCCUCUAUCAUCACCAUAGAAAAAGACAGUGAAGAUUCAGAACAAAUAAUCACAAGUUCGAGUAACAAUUUUGCGAACCAGCCAUUCCAGAGUUCCAACCAAGAUGAGAAGGUGCAAAGUUCCAACCUGAAUUCUAUUAAAAAUUCCGAUAAGGAAGUUACAAAAUUGAGGAGGGUGGAACUAACUACAAUCACACCAACAGUAUCAACAGAAGAAAGUGAGGCCAAAGUAGAAGACGUGCAAUUCUUUUCAGCUCCUUUAGUGGCAGCUUUCACCGUUCAUCAGGAUGAACUUGGUCAACCGAACAAAGUAGAACCGAUAUACAGAUCUACACUGGCGAACCACGACCAAGUAAUCAACACCGUUGAGCAAGAACGAAUCGCGCUGGCUCAGCAGAAGCAAAUUAGAUUAGUUCAAUUGGAACAGGAAAGGCUCAAACUAGAAGAGCUCAGGAGGCAGCAACUGAAAAUCCAACAAUAUCAACAGGAACAGAAGCAGAAGGCUCUGGAGCAGGAAAUAUAUAGACUGAACUUGAGCCUGAAACAGCAAGAGCAGAUUCAUUUGAGGCAGCAGGAAGAAUUACGUAAAAGAGCCAAUGCACAACCCUUUUCAAUUGCCAAUUCCGGGUUCAUCAGUAAUGGGAUUGUGCUGAAUCAACAGCCUCCUUCUAAACCCUCUCAGCAGUUCAAUUCCGGUAUAGUUUCGGUGCAGCCUAGUCUCACCUUUGACCCACUCGUUGAGGCCGGAAAAUUACCUUUAAAUGCACAAGUACUACCUAUCAGAGAGCCAGUAGAGUUCAGAUCGUCUUUUGUCAAUAACUUCAACCAAAAACCUCAAAACAACAGAUUUUUCAGACAGAAUACUGGGACCGGAAAUUUUGGCGUCAAUGAUUUCAAGAACUCCAAUACUUUCUCUGUUCAACAAUCUUUCCAGCCUAGCUUUGGUAGUUUUGAACGAAACAAUGGAUUUUUCAGAUCUAAUGGAGAGUCAGCCUUGACAGUUCCACAAUUUGUGCAACUAUCAUCCGGGAAACUGCCAAAGUAG